AUGGCCAACCUGUUCAGCUCAAAACGAAAACCCCGUGCCGUCCGCACAUUCGGCGGCGAUGACGACGAAGACGAUGCACCGAAAACUGUCGAAAGCUCAACGAGCGAACCGGUAAAGGAAGCAAAUACAUCCACAGCGCCGCUCAAGUUCGGCAAGCGCCCAUUUAAGCAAUCUGCCCUUCGGAAGAGCAUCAACGUCCACGAGGCCUCGGAAGGAGACGAUAGCAGCAGCAGCGCACGGCCGCUCCAGCCAGACCCCAAGCCGAAACCGACAAGCGCUGCUGCUGACGACGACGACGGGCCGGUGGUCGUGCGCCCCGCCCUAAGCCGCGCCGGCUCAACAAAGACCAAGAAGAAGCGACUCUCCAGCCGCCUUUCCUUUGGCGGCGAUGCAGCCGAGGCAGAUGAUGGGGAGGCAGCAACAGACACGGCAUUUGGCACCCCGAAAAAGACCAGCCUGUCAGCUAGAGCAUUUGAGAAUAGUGCGUUACGAAGUCGUCUUCCCAUAGGGGGAAGCGGCGGCAGGCCAUCCAUUGGCGGUGACGACGAUGGACCGCGCUAUAGCAAAGAGUUUCUGGACGAACUGGCAAACAGCACUCCCAACACGCCGCGAGACAUAUCGUCGCUGCGGAUUCACGACGGCGAUGGUCCGCUGGCCUACGAUGAGGCAAUGGAACUUGACAUGGCGGAGCUGGACGGCGCUGUCAUAGUCAACGAGCCGGGUCAGGUGACCAGGCACAAACCAGAGAGCACGCCGUCCAUCCUGACCGAGACUCAGAUCCGGGAGCGAAAGGAACGCCGCGCCCGCCUGGCCGCCGAGCAGGAGUUUAUGCCGCUUGAGGGGUCAGACGAGGAGGAAGCCGAAUACAUCAGUCUCGGAUCCAGGAGGAAAAAGGAAAAGGAGUCGAGGCUCGUGAGGGAGGACGAGGAUCUCGGGGAGGGCUUCGACGAGUACGUCGAGGACGGAGGGCUGUCUCUAGGCCGUAGGGCAGAGCGCGAGGCGGCCAAGAAGAGGAGGGCUGAAAUGGCAGAGCUCAUCAACCUUGCCGAGGAUGAUGGCGCCGAUGGGUUAGGCGGUGACCUGAACGAUGAUGACGACUCGGAGGCCGAGCGACGCGCGGCUUACGAAGAGGCGCAAACCAGAGCGGGCAUGGAUGGUCUGAAUCAGCAGCAAAAACAGUCGACGCGGCUUGGGACGGGAGGAGAAGUCUUUGAGAUACCACGUAUGAAGCCACUGCCCGACCUGGCUGCUUGUCUGGCGCAGAUGCAAUCCGUGCUUUUGGGCAUGCAGGGCGAUGUAGCAGCCAAAAAGGCGCAGGUUGCGAGACUCGAGAUGGAAAAGGAGGAGAUCACCACGAGGGAGGCAGAAGUUCAAGCCAUUCUUGACAAAGCGGGCAAGGAUUACCAGGCCAAAACAGGUGCUUCCUCUGCAGAGAUAAUUCAAGGAAGCGCAGUCAACUCACCGAUGAGGCCUGUCCCGCCGGCGGAGCGGGGGCUAGAGAGUUUCGGUACGCCGACUAGCAAUAGGAUGGAUAUAGACAUAGACGACGGGGCGACGGGUCAAGCUUGA